UUUGCUGCUCUUAGAAAUCUGAUGACGUCGAUGACAUGUAUAGUCUUCGUAAUUCUAACUGGAUCCAAUUACCCCAUCGCCAGGAAUGGAGGUAUUCUGUUUCACUUCGUGGUUGUGUCUGUAGUUGAUAAGGUCGGAAAAAAUUCAGGAUUGCAUUGGUUUUGCUUUACUUUCUUCUCUGAUUGGUCCAGAAAACUCGCGCCACUCUCUCAACCAAUCAGAUGCACGUCGGUCGCCCGCGUUUUCCCGCGCUUUUGGCAGUUCGCUGGUUUUUACUUUGAGUUCUAGAAGUAUUUUCUCUCUUCUGGUAGGCAGUUGUUAUUACAAUUGUUUUAAAUUUACGACACUCGGUCGAAAAGUGUUUUAUCCUUCAUCAAGUAAACGCAAAUUUAAAGUUUAACGUUCUUGCCAUCAACGUCUUUAAGGCGCUUUUGUAACGUUUUUACCCUUACAUUGCUCCCAGAGAUAUAAAAAUUGGUACCGGUGAACGGUCUGUGAAGGCGCAAACCCUUCCCUGGGUAGAGAAGCGGGGAAGGGGGCGGUGAAAUACCCCACUCCGUGGAGUAAGAAUACUCUUAAUCUACGUAUGCACCAGAAACUGUGCUUAGUUACGGCAGUUGUGCGGGCCAGUUUCUACUGCUAACUUUUCCUUUAGCUAGAAUCAAUCAUUUAAAAAAUAAGUAUGGUUAAACCCAAAGCACUCAACCUCAUAAAGGAUGCGACCCCCCCCCCUUACCUGUCACUUGAAAUGGGGGGGGGAUCUGUACGCACCUUCAGAUGUACGUCUUGCUUCUUCUCCACUUUUUUUUAAGAGAAUCACAACCUCGAUCUUUUUUAACUCAACCGCGUGUUCUGUUUCCUUAUAGAUCCUGAUUUCAUAAGUUCUAAUCCUCUACUGUGGAGACUUGCCUAUGCCUGGAUCUCAAUAGUGUCUGUGAGAAUGCGUUACUACUUCGCCUUUAAACUAGGUAAGUAGUGUUACGGAUGUCGUGACAUCGUGUCACGCUUUAAGAGCGCAAUGCAUAAUGGAAUUGUAGGAGCGCGAACCGCCUUCUCGAGAUGGCGGCAAUGUUGAGUUGAUGUUUUCUCGUGAUUAAAGUUGCUUGUUGAGUCGAACCGCGGAAACAGGAGCCUUCUGAGCCUUCUCCAACUUGCAGUAGUGUUGGAUAUUCAACAAGUAGCAACUGAUACAAGCGCAUUCUCUGUGUCAUGAAUUUUUAGGUGUAGCGGACUGCAUCAAUAUGUAUAUUUUAUUGUUGCUUUCAGCGGAGGCAAUGAAUAACUUUUGUGGACUCGGAUUCAACGGUUUCGACGAAAAUGGAAGAGCGAGGUGGAACCGUAUGACUAUUGUAAAUAUUCUCAAGAUCGAGGUGCGUUUGUGUGUAUGUUCUUUUUUUUUUGUCCAAACUAUUGGAUUUUUUUUGGGUUUUCUACCAUUUUCCCCUUUUCCUUCGCUUUUCUUUCAGUUUGCAACGAGUCUGAAGGAAGUACUAGACAACUGGAAUAUCUGUACAGUCCUGUGGUUGAGAAGGUAUGUUGUUAUCUUUUUAUUGAUUGAGUGGGAGGGCCGGACGGGAAAAUAUUUGGCCCGAGGGCAUAAUGUGCACUUUCGUUUUUUCUCCUUCUCCUCUUUCAGCUCCCAUCUCGUUGGGGCGGUUGACCAUUUCUGGCCCUCCUCAAACCAUCAUACCCCCCCAUACGGGGGUUUUUUUUUGUCAAAUGUUUUUCGGUAAAAGCGCGCGGGGGACCGGACGGGUCGUACGACAACUCUUACUAUGAUAUAUGAUCAAAGAGAGUGUUUUAAUGAGUGUUGCGAACGAAAAGACUGACAGUUUCUAGAUGUUAACGUCAUGGUGUUUGCUUAAACUGGGAAAACGAACCUUUUGUGGGUCACACAUUUGUUACUCACUCUGUGACCCCAAAAUUUAACAUUUUUUGGGGGGGGAAAAAACGUUUCUUUCUAUUUCCAAGUUAUCGUGGUUUCGGGAAAAGAAUUCCUUUUUCUUAAUACAAUUUCCUUUGCUCCUUUUACACUCUGAAAACCACCAACUGGAUCUUUGAUCGGGGCACUUUCAAGAAGUCUAUCAAAUAAUGGCAAUUUAUCCCAUUUAUUAAGAGCUUGGUUCAUUUGUGUCAUGAAGUUAACAAUUUUUAUGUGGCUUAAUAUUACACAUGUAUUAAUUCUUAUUACAAUACUUUCUCACAGAAUUGUGUAUGAACGAGUUUCACAUCAUCCCACGCUGGCUGUGUUCGUCUUGUCUGCUGUGUGGCAUGGGUUCUACCCAGGAUACUACAUGGCCUUCGCAACUUGUGGACUUAUGGUUGAAGCAGCGAGGAAGGUAUUUAUUUGCAAACUGAAAACUGUUGAAAUGAUAACAGGUGGCCUUAAAAUAUUUUUUUCCAGGUAAAAACAAGGGAAAUGUUUCUUGCGAUUUUGUUUGUAGGUUCGUAGAAAAUACAGGCCUCUCUUUCAAGGCUCACAUGUCUCCUCUUGUUUGUAUGACCUCGUAACAUGCGCAGUAACCAUCCUUUCUUUGACGUUUGCUUCCAUCCCAUUCGUUGGUUUGGAAGCUAGAUUUGGCUUGGAGUUUUGGCGGUAAGAAUUUCUUUAACUUUAUCUGUUUCGUAAUGACACUUACAGGGAUAUGAACAUCAUGAAUUAGCACAAAUUUUAAUUUAUUUUGCCGGCCCGUAUCAGAGCUUUUAAGUUGAGCACAAGCUUUAGCCGAGUAGAGAUUGGGACGAGACGUGUAAGAGGCUAGUUAUCUCGUUACUGAGACUCAGUCCCUUCUCUCUCUACGACACGAUAGAACGGCCGCUUCCCUACAUUCCCCUAGCACUAUUAGAAAACAGGUGCGGAUUACUGAUAGUCCAAAUUUGUAAAGUUGCAAUGUUCAAAUACCACCGCAUUUUAACGCACGGUAUUAAGACUGGUAUUCGCAUCAGAUGAGGGAAAGAAGGGUGGGUUACCUGUGGUAGUCUCGUCUCUCAUUUACCCAACUCCCCCUUUCCCAUGCCCUGACGUGGCCACGAGUGAUCAGUAAUCAGUAUUUUUCGCGAAGUUGAAGGGUCUUUGGUUCGACGCCUUGUGUGGGGGGGAAUUAGAUUUCUUUUUUGUUCCACGCGCGCGAAACUGUGUAGCAUAUUGAUUUAAAAGUUGUUUUUCUUUUCCAGUUCUAUGUAUUUUUAUGGACUUGUUUGGUCUAUCAUGGCGUUUCUUCUCCUAAGUGGUGGGAAGUCCAAGACCGAAGGAAAGAAAGACAAUAAAACCGAAAAUGUGGAUGUCAGAGAUGAAGAGAAAGACAAAAAAGGCAACUCAACAGAUGAGAAUUUAACAGAGCUCCGAAACAGAGUUAAAAAGAAUAUGGAAUCACCAAAUGAACUGUUUCGUAAGGGUACACCUAACAGCCUGCUAAAAGAGAACCUGAUUGUGGGGUCAUAGAAGAAGACACUCAAUGAAUUUUAGACAGAAUUUUAUUUAAGGAAUCUUUAAGAGCCUUAUAAAGCUAAAUUCUUAAAGGCCCCUUCACUCAGCACCGUAUGUAUAGUUUGAACUGUGGCUCAGAUUUUAGCAGGAUAUAUGCGCUUCUGCGCUAGAGGCAUUACUUCUGUUGGUAUAAAAAGAUAGAACGUAAUAAUAUGUAUAUUGGCGUUCUAAAAAUCCCCAGUGUUCUAAUCAGUACCAAAAAAUUUAUGAUUUUUCUGCGACAUAAACGAUACCUGAACAUUAAAAAAAUAGCUACUGAGGUUUGUACUUGUUAUUUCACCAAAUUUAAGUUAGAAAAUUAAUAUAUAUAUUACCUGUAAAUACGAU